UUUUUUGCUCAGAAGAAUGAUUAGAAUCAGUAUCGCUGUAUGGAACAAGACCAUUUUUGAAUGCAAUCUGAAACAAAGUUUUACAACACCAAAAUAUAAAAUGAAAUUUAUCGAAAUAUAUUUACAAAAACAACCCAGUGCACUUACCACUUGUUGACACAAUUCCAUAUUGCACAAUCACUGAUAAAAAGUAAAAUAUUUUGCGAUUUUGCCGCUAAUCAAAACUAAUAUGUUGAAUCGAAAAAAGACGUAAGCACCACUUCGUUGUAACAAAAUAUGUAAACAAACGAAAUAUGUACAUACGUCUAAAUUGUUUUAGCUGUAAAAUCAUAACGGUUCAUUUUAUAGCUAUGGUAUUUUGUGAGAUGAUGCGAAUGAUCAAAAACUAUCGAUUUUUAUCAAAAAACAAAAAUCGAUAAUCAUGGUGCUUACGUCUUUUUGGCGGUUAGGGCUAGAUAUGUAUGUAUUUAUUUUUGUGUAUUAUAUGGACUCCACAGCUCAUUUUCAAGUUAUACACAAUUUUUCCACAUACAUACUUACUUAACAAUUGAUUAUUGCUUGUGAUGAUAUCGCUGAUUUUGCUUUUUCCAAUUCAUUCGGAUUUCCAAUGCUAUAAAAACAAAUGAAGUAAUUAUUUGCAAAUUAUUUAAAAAAAAAAUCACAUAAAAUUCACUUACUUACCUUCUUGUUGUACGAGCCUCCUUUACGAUGGUACGAGCACCAAUGGCAUGUGUCUUUCAAUCGUUUUUUUAUUACCCUUUUUGGGAUUUUCUUUUGACACCAUUGAUAAUUAUGUUUUCUCCUUCGCACUCAUUCAAAUAAAUCAAGAAAUGAAAGAAACUUUUCUUCAUCGCAUUUAGGUAAACAAAAAAUAACCGGAAAAUGUGCGUUGGUGUUAGUGCAUAGAGAAAAAAUGUGUAGUUGUAUUGAAAUAUUUGACACAAGAGGGUAGCCGUGGUUGGCAAGGGAAGUGCUCGACUAACCGUGCGAUUCUGUAACUUGAGACAGUCUCAAGUCUCUAAAUUUGAGAUUUUGAGUUAGAGACAAUUUUUGAGACUUGAGACGAUUUUGCUAUUCUGUAAGUGACAGUCACUAAAAAUUUGCGAGUCUCUCAACUGAAAACGAACAGGUCUGAACAUCUGUCACAUUUCAUUAUUUAGAGAUGUAUGUAAAACCUGAAUGAAAAAAGACUGUCGAUAACAAAUAUUAAAUUAUCUUUAAUGCAGUGAAAAAGGUUAACUACCAAUUAAAAUAAAAAUAAAAUAUUGUACUUGAAAUAUUAUAGAGCUAAAAUUUAUGUGAAAUUGAUUUUUUUCUACUUUUACCUGAUUGAGUUUUGUAUAAAACAUAGACACCAACAAUCGAUUAUUAUCUGUGAUGAUCUCUAUAAGUGAAUUGUCAAUACAUUCAAAAUGGAAAACAGAGAAUCCUUGCGUACAACAAAGGAGCAAAUUGAAUGCUACUUAGCAUUUCUGGAGCUUCACCCUCAAAUGAAGCUCCACAAGAAUGAUCCUACGCAGCCCAAAAGGUUAGAAGAGCUGUGGAUCGAGCUUGCCCAACAGCUAAACGCUCUAAAGGAUCCAUCGCGUUCGCCUACCAAAUGGAAGGAGUGUUUAAACCAUUGGAAAAAUCAAAUCAGAUCGAGGGCAAGAAAGGCGAAGGUAAGCAGAAUAUUAACUGGUGGAGGACCAAUGAAAGAUAUUCAGUCCUCCGAGUUGGAAGAACGGGCGAUAGAAGCCUUAGGGAGGACCGUUGUUGAUGGACUGCCUGAUGUCCCAACAAUUGGAGUGGAGAACGACAUUAUAAUAAAUAUGGAUCCGCAGAGUCCUUUAGUAUGUGAAAUGCCAUCUACAUCACGUUCACGAAGGCAGACUUCGCAAGAAAUGUUUGCGGAUAUGGUGGCUGCAAUGCAGAGGAGGAGUGAAGAAGAAGCAAAAUUCAGAGAAACAUCGCAACAAUGCUUCGAAAAAGUUGCUGAAUCUUUAAAUAAUAUGGCAAGUGCUAUUGUAAAGCUAUCAGAAGCUGUUCUAAAAAAAAAUUAAAAAAAAUUGUGCUUAAAUUAAGAAAAUAUUUUUAAGUUCCUAUUAAUGUAUAUAAUUUCAUUUCAUUUCAUUUCAUUUAAAUACACACCAAAGAAUAUGUUUAAGUUAAGAAAGUAUUUUUAAGUUCCUCUUAAUGUAUAUAAUGUAAAUACACACCAAAGAAUAUGUUUAAGUUAAGAAAAUAUUUUUAAGUUCCUAUUAAUGUAUAUAAUGUACAUACAUACAUAUAAAAGAAGACUGAAUAAGUUAAAUUUUUUUAUGUUCCUAUUAAUUAUUAUUAUUAACAUACAUAUAAAAGACUGAAUAAAUGAAUCUAUUAAUUUUUUGUGAAAAUAUAAAUGAAAGAUUUAUUUGUAAAGAUAUGUAUUUACAAAGAUUGUGUGAGAGAAUUUAAGCAGUUACGUCAUGCAUGUAUUCCUGCAUUGUAAUACUGAUUUGUUUGAGCUGGAGAAUUAUCAUUGAAGGAAGAGCAUUCAAAAUUUCAAUAUCGAUUUCAUCGAAGUCACAAAUACCAUGUUUUUGCAAAAUGUUGUGGAAAAUUGAGCAAGUAUAAACUAAGAACGCAGCGUUUGAAGGUGUAUACCUCAGUACUCGCUCUUUAGAAAGGC